AGGCUCUCUGUUCUCCCUAGGAAGGCAGCGUGGAGUUCUCCUCAGAUAACAUGUUGAAUAAAUCUUCCCAGCUGCUGCUGAUUUUAUGGAAUGUUCUCAAUGAGAUGGAAAGUCAGACACCACCACAGGGUUUUAGGUAUGCUUCCUAUGAAGUGACCAUUCCAAGGAAAGUGAUGCCAAGGUAUGGACAACAAGAGGCACUAGAGGUCACCUACCAUUUGCAAAUUGAAGGCAGGGGUCACAUGGUGCACCUUCGCCAAAAGAAGAGCUUUGCUCCUAAAAACAUUCCGGUCUUGACCUACUCUAAGCAAGGAGAACUCCAGGUGGAUUAUCCAUUCAUUCGGAACAACUGUUUCUACCAGGGUUAUAUAAAGGGAAAACUCUCUUCUUUGGCUGCCAUCAGCACUUGUUCAGGGGGACUUAGGGGUCUAUUUCAAUUAGAAAACAACACCUAUGAGAUUGAACCUGUCCAGGCCUCUCCUAACUUUCAACAUGUAGUGUAUCGAUUGGAAGAAAAGGAGGGUGAUGUAAAAAUGAAAUGUGGAGUAACAGAAGAAGAGCAAAACCACCAGGAGAGCAUGAUGCCAAACACAGAGAAUGAACUAACCAAAAGUAAUUCCAGAAGUGACUGGUGGGCACACACCAGGUAUGUGAAGGUAGCAAUUGUGAUAGAACAUGAACGAUAUUUGAAAUUUGACAAAAAUGAAACUGUUAUUGGUAUACAAGUUCUGGAUAUUGUCCAUAUUGCAGAUGCAUUUUAUGAACCACUUUCUGUUAAGGUAUCUGUUGCUGGAUUAGAAAUCUGGACAGAAAAAAAUCUCAUAUAUAUUGCUGAUAGCAUAAUGAAAACUUUCAAUUCUUUUGCCAUAUGGAGAAGAAAUUCACUUAGUAAGCGUCUAGAAAAUGAUGCAGCCCAUUUAUUUGUAUACAAAUAUUUUGGAAGGACACUAGGACUAGCACCUAUAGGAACAAUUUGUGAUAAGACAGGAGCAUCUGCUGUAGCUUCAUAUGUGGAUUACACUUUAUUAUAUUUUUCUGUCACAUUUGCCCAUGAAUUAGGACAUAUUCUUGGAAUGAGACAUGAUGGUAUUUACUGUAGGUGUAAUCGGCGUUCUUGUAUCAUGGAUGAAUUUCACUCAAACAGUGAUAUGUUUAGCAAUUGCAGUUACAGUGACUAUUUCAAACUAAGGAAUACAGAUUGUUUGUUAAUUCCACCAGAUCAUGAUAAAAUAUAUAAAGUCAAAUAUUGUGGAAACAGAAUAGUAGAAAACGGAGAACAAUGUGACUGUGGUUCCAAAGCCGACUGUGAAACUGAUCGAUGUUGUCAGUCUAACUGUAGAUUGCGUUCAGGUGCUAUUUGUGCUUUUGGACUGUGCUGUGCAAAAUGUCAAUAUGCUCCAGCUCAAUCUAUUUGUAGAGAUAAUACUAGUAUUUGUGAUCUUCCUGAGUAUUGCAAUGGUACUUCUGAGUGGUGUCCUAAAGAUGUUUAUGUACAAGAUGGUGCCCCAUGCGAUGAAAAUGCAUACUGUUAUAAUGGAAAUUGUACUACUCAUGUUAGGCAAUGUAAAAUGAUAUUUGGAAAGAAAGCCACAGUUGCUUCUGAGAGUUGCUUCAGAAACUUAAAUGCAGAAGGCGAUCGUUUUGGUAACUGUGGCCUGAACCAGGGCACUUACACAAGAUGUCAUUCUGAUAAUAUCCUGUGUGGCCGAAUCCAGUGUGAAAAUAUCCGUAAGUUACCUUCUCUGGAGGAACAUAGCACCAUAAUUCAAUCAUCCAUUGGCAAUAAAGAGUGCUGGAGUACAGACUAUCAUGGUGGAAUGAGGAUAGCUGAUAUCGGAGCUGUGAGGGAUGGCACACCUUGUGGCAUGGACAGGAUGUGCAUUGACAGGCAGUGCCUCGAUGUGUCCCUCUUGAAAUAUGACUGUAAUGUCACAGAGUGUCAUAAUCGAGGAAUAUGCAACACUCAAAAACAUUGUCAUUGUGAUUAUGGCUGGGACCCUCCAAACUGUGAAAAUAAAGGCUAUGGAGGCAGCAUUGACAGUGGCCCCCCUCCACCAUGGAAUCGUGCUUUGAACAACAGAAAACACAAUUUAUUUGGAUUUAUAUUUUUUCUUUCUCCACUUGUUAUUGUUGUUGUCCUGGGUCUAUUUUUCAAGGCACAGUUAAUGCAUCGGUGUUCAACACUGAGGGAAUGGGUCCACCCAGGAGUCAAAUCAAAAUGUAAUUCUACAGAAAACUGCCAAAGUUGAACAGCAUGCAAAUGCACAAUUCAUGAAACAUUGCACAGGAAAUUAAUUAUGAUAUUAUGUUGGCAUGCACUUACUAUGCACAAUCUGAGCAUUAUUUUGAAGCUAUAUUUUCUGUUCCAGGAACAAGGGUUUGUGAAGAUCCUGAGUUACAAACCCUCAGCCAUAUGCCGAGGUUCUACCUGUCCUAUAGUUAAGACAAGUAUCGUCCACUAGUCCACUGGUAUCAGUUUUCUAACAUGAGAUAUUAGAUACUCUGAGCAACAUAUAACAGGAGAUUAAAUAGGGGGUGAAUUGGGAGGGAGAAUCCUUUUUACAUUAAAAGCUUUUGAACCAGAGAAUUCUGGAGAUGAUCCUACCAUUAUGCCAACGAACUGAGGAGAACGGUGCAAAUUCUGAGUACAUGUUUUAUUUUGGAUCCUGUGAUAAAAUCAGGAUCCUCUUAAUACUGCCACAAACAAUGCCUGAAAAAUCAGACAAGUCUAUUUUGCAUGCCAGUAGUUUCCUGGAAGUGAAUGAGGGAGUCCAACUUUAACAAAACCUUGCAGUUAUUUGUUACAGGAAGAUGUGAGAAGCCAUGCCUGGAUGCUUGUAGCCAUCCUUGAAUUUCACUGCCUCCAGUUUGACUUCCUGCCUGUUCUUCCACCAGUACCUGAAUUCUCACAUCAGUGGGAAAAUUAUCCAAGGCCAGGUUCCAUGGUCUGAAUUCCUCCUCAGCUUUCUUCUUGUGGCAUGGGCUGAUCUAUGAAUUCCAGCCACUGCAAGAGAUAUUUAUACCUGGACUCAUUCCUAGCACAGUGAAGACAACAUACAUUGAUCUUGAAUCAAGCUAUCAGUGCAGUGGGGUGGACUACCCGAGACAAGACUAUGGUUACAACAGAGUGGGAACAAAUUACAUGUACUGUCAUACGUUUCUUUAAUAGAUAAGUAAUUUUCUCUCAUGUUAAGUAUGCUGCAUCUUUAACCUUUUCAGCUAACAAAUACAUCAGGUCUACCAAGAGUAUAUAAAUGAGAGCAAUUGUAUAUAUUCAGCAUUAAAGUGUUUAAGCUGACAAAGAAAUAUCUGAAGACAGACAGAUUUGGGACGUGGCUAUAAUAUGUAAGAAUAUGCUUCUAUAUUUUAAGACACUCACCAAGCAAAGAAGUAACUCAAACAACCCAUCCCAGAUGAGACUGUAGAUACACAGAGUCAGCAGUGUUAUGCCAAUUCACUUGUCCUUUACCUUCCUUCCUUCACACAUGGUGCCAAACUGUAGCUAGUUAACUAUACGUUUCCUUCAGUCAGUUACUUGACAAGUGACAGCAAUGAUAUUGGUGGAGUCUCCAACCAAUAACAAUGAUAUUUUUCUCUGUCUAUUGGCUUGAUUUGGCUGGGGUUAUAUGACCACCUUCACAGUGUGCUAUUAAGUGGACAGAAAGAGGCUCUGCAUGAAUGAAGCAGAUAAUUUACAGGAUUAUAAUGACCUCAAUGCAGCAGGUUCUUCAAGUACUGGAGCAGAUAUCCAAACCAUUGACUCACUAUAUGCUGUAGCAGUGAGUCUGGUGUUCUAUCCAACAGAUGUUUACUCACUGAAGCUGAAUUUAACAGCAAGUAAAAUAGACAUCUUUUAAUGUAGCAGGUUGUCAAGUAAGCAAGUAAAUCAGGAGAACGUUAUAAGAAGGUUUGGGUAUUAGCUUUGCAAGGGCCUCAGAUCAAAGACCCCAAAAUCGAUGAGACAUUUUUAGAUUAAUGAAAGAACUAUUUAGCUAUGAGGAGAAAAUAACAUGUUAAUGAGGAAGCAGCCUUGCAGAAAAGGACUGCAUAUGGAUCUAUCUAUUUCAUCAUCAAACUUCAUUUUUACCAACUUAUAUAUGACUAUACUGGGAGUUCUGGCUUUGUCUGCUUUUAGUUUUAUCUAUUUGUAUUUUGGUAGCUGUAGAACUCUCAUCCAUCACCACAUUUCAAAUUAUUUUUUGCAUUUUUGACUGUCCAACUUUUAUCUCUAUACAAAGAAAUAAGAAAUGUUAUGAUAUGGAUGAUCCUGGUUUUUAUAUUCAAUGAUACAUGCUUAUAUGUGACUACUGUUUGGCAAUGUGUGGCCACAUUUGAGGUCCUUGAAGCUUUAGAAAAAAUGAAGUGAUUCCCUUCCCCACAAACAUAUCCCCAACUCCAAAUAAAUGUAGCUGGAAAUUGACUAAAAUCAAAACCCGAAGUGUAAUGGACAUUUCGGGUGUGCCAGUGUGCUCUGCCCCAUCCUCUUUGCAGGUGUCCACUCCAGCACUUGAGGACAUCAUAUCUAGUUCUUUCAUAGUUAUCAUUCCAAUUUGGUAGGGAUAUAGAUUUGUGCAAUGUUCAUACUUGUGUAUAAGAAUAUAUAAUUUCUAAGGUGUUCUCUCUUUUGAAUGACAUAAGAGUUUUCUUAUAUUUAUUAUAUUUUGAUGUUUUUUUUUAAACUUUGGAACUUCUUGCAAAAACUCACUUGUGAAAAGAAUUGGGGUUUGUGUCAAAAGUAUGGACUUGCUAAAACCAUUUUUCAGGAAAAUUUAUUUUACAUAAAUGUACAUUUAUAUAUUUUCUGAGUAAAAGGUUUUUUUUCAAAAUUGCUGCAUGGAGGUCCCAAAUUAAUAUUUAUUUUGCAAAAUUUGAUAAUAAACUUGAUGCAUUUUUGGUUUGUUGAAAUACUUAUUACCUCUUAAGGACAAGAACAUUUUCAAAUAUUCUUUUCAUCCUGAUGAUUACUUCAAAAAUGAAAUUUUCCUGGUUUGUUUCAAUAAAAAUUCAAACAUUAAAAACCCCCACCAAAAAAGGAUACUGGCUUGCAUGCUUUCUUUUUAGAAAGUCCAUCUUCAGGGUUAGAAUGCCAAAUCUUUUGAACAAUUGUAAUUCUGCACAUCUGUCCAAUGAUUGCCCACAAAUGUGCAUAUGUGCCUUCAAGUCAUCUGUUGACUUGUAAUCCCAAGAAUUUCACACCAGAGGUGGUUUGUCAGUUCCUUCUUCUGAAAUAUAGCCUACAGUACCUGAUAUUUGUUGGGAGUUUCUCAUCCAAACCCUAACCAGGGAUGACUUUGCUUAGGUUCCAAUACCAGACAGAAGUCUUUAGAGUAUUUAUGCCUCUGAUACAGUAAACAUAAUGCUCUGCUGGUGAAAAGAGGCAUCCAUUGUCAGAUCAGCACAGUGGCGGCUACCAGUGUGAUCGAGGUGACCCCCCCCCCCCCAGGACUUUGUAAAGGAUAGUUCAAAAAUCAAGACUUUAUGUUCUAUAUUUCAUAAUUUAUAGUAGAAGGUGAUUUAGACUUUUUACUGGAGUUUACUGUGGUUUACUAAAACUCUCUGCACAAAAGGUGUUUGACCUUUUAGCCUGAGGCAAGAAAUAACAACUUCCUUAAUUCUUUCUUUAACCAGUGACAAAAGCACUCCCUUUUGUUUACCCAGACAAAGGAGUUAGCAAAGGAAAAAAGCCAGUUUUAAACCACAUGCUUUACAAUCUUUUCCUUUGGAUUCUGGAUUUCGUAUGAAACUUUAUGAACUCUAGACCUUUGGGUGGCUGGGAGUGGGCAAUAUGAUUUCUGACUCUAUGAAUGUAUUCCUAUAUGUCUCCCUUCCCAAAAUGCCUCAUAUAUGAAAAAAUAGAGUGACUGAGGUUUGACUCAGCUACGUGCAGACAGCCCCCCCCCCCUUUUGGAUGGGCUGGAGUACCCUGCCCAGAGGAGAUUAUCACCUACCCUUGCAUGGACAAUUAUUUGGGCUGUUCCCCUUCUGAGUUCGGAGCAGGCCAUCAGAAGGAAGAAUAGCUCACCCUUCAUCCACACAAUUAUUCAGGAAACAGCUCUUCCUUUGUCAAUACAAGCGUGUCAGACACAUAUGUAGAUUGGACAUAUUGACUCAUCCAUCCUUUUCAUAAUCUGCUUGGCUGUCCAUUAAUCGCUGCUCAGCCCGCCCCUUGUCCCUGAUUGGUAGACUGUAGGAAGCCAUCUGAUUGGGGGGGGGGGAUUUCGAGCCACCCAGUCAAAGAGCCAAUCAGAGUGGAACUGGGCGGGGAAAGGCGGGGAGGGAGAUUUGAAUUGCUCCACCUGUCUUUUUGCUUAUAAAAAUUGCUGCACUAUAUUAUGUGACAAGUCAUCACGGCGAGCGAUUGCGUCUUGACGUCCGCGUCAGCUGACUCGAAAUAAAGACAACUCAGUUCUCUCUCUUCAAGAAUUUGGGUGAGAUUAUUGUGGGAAAUAGGGUUUUAAUUCGCAGUGCCCCCGCUGGCCAGGAUCGAAUCCUGCGGUCAGAGGGUAUCGGUUCGUCCCUGCUCCAGGGACAAACCCUAAAUUUGCUCGACAACACCAGUAUGCCUGCAGAAAAAACUCUACUGCCUGUCCUAUGUGUAUGUCAUAAAAAGGUAAAUAGUCUCCCAUAAUUAAGCCCCCUUGCACACAACUAUACAAAACCCAUAUUGAACUGGAUUAGAUGGUAGUGUGGACUCAGAUAAUCCAGUUCAAAGCAAAUAUUGUGGAUUAUCUGUCUUGAUAUUCUGGGUGAUAUAGCUGUGUGGAAGGGCCAUGAAACAUAAUCUAACCCCUUAUUUGUAUUAUGUGCCUCCACACUGGGUCCAAAACCAUGUUAGUUCUGCAGAUGGUGAUGGCAUUUUGUCCCCAACUUCAGUGAAUGGGUGUGGAAAACAAAAGGAGGAGGGUUUGCAAGAAAUAGAAAAAAAAACUGCUCACACAGGAAUGAUGAAUUCCAGAGGCAGAACUUAAAGAUUUGAAAUGCAAUCCUCAGCAGUUCAUAGCUGAAGAAGACAGGUUGCUGUGCUAGCAGAGACAGAGGGCCAUUGCUUGGCUUUGUUUUGGAUCUUGCACGACUGUAAUUUCACCAUAUAUACCUUGGAACCUGAAAUUCCAAUUCUCCCCUCUCUCCCUCACAUACAAAUUGUAUUUCUUUCUUUCAGUGGGAGAUGGCAAAUAACCAAGUUUGAAAAACAGCAGAAAAGAAAAAGAAAAAGGCCUUCUUUCAUGGUUACAGUCCUCAGUCAUAAGUAACAAAGCAUUCCAUAAGUUUAUCUUUCUUUCUAAUUUUAUCGGUCUUUUUAUAGAGAUCCAUAAUACAAUUAUAUCAAUUAAUCAUGCAGGCUCUCCGUGGUACUGCAAACCAAAGAAAUGCAAACAGUAAUUAAGUUGUGCCAUCUAGAGACUGAUAUUUAUAAGCUGGAGGCUUCUCAUUGGUAGAUGCUUUCAUAGAAUUUUUUGUAGAGCCUUUGGGGGCAGGCUUAGAACUCAAGAUGGCCCACUUCCAUUUCUAAUGUGACAAUGACUAUCAUAACUGCAAAUAGGCCUUCCAGAUGAUCAAAGAAAGUAUUACAUAUAAAAAUGAAGGCCAGUAUUAAAUGAUGCCUUCAUACUAGCAGAAUGGGCAACGUUCCAAACUCUAGCAGAUUUUUUUCUCCUUUCCCCAAAAUACAGGUUCACACAGCUAUCAACCUCCCUGCUCUGAAAAAAAAAUGAGAGAGGGAGAAUUAAGAUAAAAAAUGUAAUUCCAUAUUGAAACAAUUUCAACUGAGGAGGCUGAUGCACUUGCAUUUUAGAACAUACCUGGGGGUGAAAUUACAAUAAAUGGGAAUUUUGCUCCAAGGUGACUUCAUAUUUUAGAGGAAAAAAUAACAUUUUUGGGAGUGGGAACAUUUUACAGGGGACAGAGCAAAUGGGGGAUAGUUGGGGCUACGUCAUGGGUCUUGAUGUUACAUGUGGUCCCCUGACCAUACUUUCCCCAUUCAAGCUAGGAUAAAUGGCAUUCCAAAACAGUUUCCAAAUGUGCAAAUGAAUAUUCAUCAGUUGCACACAACUGAUGAAUUGGUUCAAUGUUCUAUUGCUUAUAGAAAAAGGAACACAUCCACCUAGUAUCUUGAAACAUGGUGUUCACAAUCUACUUUGGAAUGUAGUUAUAUAUCAAACCAGUCUUUUGGAAAAUACUAUUUUUAACUGAGCUAAGAUUUAAAAGACUCAAGCACAAGAAAUGGAAAAUGGGAGAAAUCACCAAAGAGGAAUUCAAACAAAUAACCAACAUAUGUAGGAAAAAUGUUUGUAACGCUAAGGCACAAGAUGAGCUCAGGCUUGUCAGAGAGAUUAAAAACAAUAAAAGAGGUUCUUCAGUUAGGUUAGCAGAAAAAGGAAGAAAAAGGAAACUGUAGGGCCUCUGCAUGCAGAAGGUGGUGAAAUGCUAACAGGGAACAAGGAAAAGCUACUCAACACCUUCUUUGCCUCAAUCUUCUCCGAAAAACAGAUUGGUGUUCAACCUGAGCAAUAUGGAGUGGAUGAGAUAAUAGGGGAAAUGCAACCCAAAAUAGGUAAAGAAGUAGUCCAGGAAUACCUUGCCACUCUAAAUGAAUUCAAGUCUUCAGGCCAGAUGAACUACAUCUAAGAGUAUUGAAGGAACUAGCAGAAGUAAUUUCACAACUACUGGCAAUUCUUGGAGAACAGGAGAAGUCCCAGCAGAUUGUAGGAGGGCAAAUGUUGACCCUAUCUUCAAGAAGGGGGAAAAAUAGUAACCAAAUAAUUACCAUCCAGUCAGACUGACAUCAUUACCAGGAAAAAUCCUGGAGCAGACCAUUAAGGAGGCAAACUGCAAUCACUUAGAAAGAAAUGCUGUGAUCACUAAAAGUCAACAUGGCUUUCUCAAAAACAAGUCAUGCCAGACUAAUCUUAUCUCUUUUUUCGAUAAAGUUAGAAAAUUGGUAGAGGUAGGGAAUGCUGUGGAUGUAGCAUAUCUUGAUUUCAGUAAGGCCUUUGACAAGGGUCCCCAUGAUCUUCUUGCAAACAAACUAGUCAAAUGUGAGCUAGGCAAUACUACUAUUAAAUGGAUAUGUAAUGUGUUAAGCAACCAAACUCAAAUGGUGUUCGCCAUUGAUUCCACUUCAUCCUGGAAAGACAUGACUAGUGGAGUACCUCAAGAUUUAGUUUUGGGCCCAGUACUGUUCAAUAUCUUUAUUAAUUAUUUGGAUGAAGGUUUAGAGGGCAUCCUUAGCAAGUUUGCAGAUGACACCAAAAUAGGAGGCAUAGCUAAUGCUCCAGAGGACAGGCUCAGAAUUCAAAAUGACUUUAACAGAUUAGAGAGCGGGCCAAAACUAACAAAAUGAAUUUCAACAAGGACAAAUGUAAGAUACUACACUUACAGAAAAAAGGGAACACAAAGAUGCAGAAUGGGUGAUGUCUGGCUCAACAACAGUCCAUGUGAAAAAGAUCUUGGAGUCUUUGUGGACAACAAGUUGAACAUGAACCAACAGUGUGAAGCAGAAGCUUAAAAGCCAAUGGUGUGGUAUACUGUGCCUUUAAGCCACACUCUCUGGUUGUUACAGCUGUAAUGUAAGAACUACUGAUUGCUGGGAUAUAUAGCUUUUGUGCACCCAAAGCCUCAGUAGCCUUCCUAAUGUUUGGAAUAAACUCUUUCCUACAAGACUCUGCUGGCUGUUGAGCUUCCUUCAUACGAAGAAUAUCACAUGGUGUCAGAAGUGGGAUACAAACCUCUCCUGUGCUACAACCUGGAAGCUAGCCUCCCCCGAAAAAGGAGUGUUUAGACAUGGAGUCAUUUCGUCCUCCUCCUCCCCUUGCUAUGCAAGGUAAUUUGGCUGAGAACUGGAGAUGGUGGGAACAGGCCUUUCAGUUGUAUCUUGCUGCAGCGGGACUUGAGAAUGUGUCAAAGAAGCGGCAGAUAGCUAUCCUGCUACAUUGUGUGGGAGAGGAAGGAGUUUCUUUAUAUAAUACAUUUGUUUUUGCCGAGGAGAACCCGAAAGAUAUUGCAGAGGUUCUGGAACAGUUUAGGACUUAUUUUUUACCUCGGAAGAACAUUGUGUUUGAAAGGUUUUGUUUCUGGAACCAUAUGCAGAGUCCUGGAGUUACAAAUGUGCAAUUUAUUGCUGAGCUAAAACUGAAAGCAGCCAGCUGUGAAUUUGGAAUGGCAGUUAAUGAGAUGA